AUGUUGUACAGAGAGAAGCCCAGCAGCAGCAGCAGCAGCAAGCACAGCAGCAGCAGCAGCAGCAGCAAGCACAGCAGCAGCAGCAGCAGCAGCAAGCGCAGCAGUGACGACAGCAGCAGCAGCGUUGACCGGCUCCUUUCAAUGACCGCUCCUGCAUACCGCCUCAGAAGGACUGAUAUCCGAGCAGCAGCAGCAGAGCGUGUUGCGGCUUCUGCUGCUGCUGCUGCUGCUGCUGCAGCUGGUAGAAAGUCAGUUGAUUCCAGGCGUGGCGGCCUGAACAGCAGCAGCAGCAACUGCUGCAGCAGCAGGUGCAGCAGCAGCAAGAGCCUGCUGCGGCGAAGCAGCAGAAACCUUACCAGGUGCUCUACAGGGGAGAGCCUGAGGAAGAGCAGCCGCACGAGCAGCUGCAGCAGCAGGAGAAGCAGCAGCAGAAGCAGCAGCAGCAGGAGAAGCAGCAGCAGAAGCAGCAGCAGCAGGAGCAGCAAACUGCAGCAGGGCGACAGCAGCUCCCACAGGAGCACCAGCAGCACUUGUGACUGCAGCGACUUUUCUCCCCAGUCAGAGAGGUGCCUUGCGGCUUGCCGCAGCAGCAGCAGCAGCAGCAGUAGCUUUGGCUGCUGCUGCUGCAGCAGCUGCUGCUGGCAGCAGCACAGCAGCUGCUCAGACACAGCAGCAACGGUGCCUGGGGAGCCCCUGCUGCGCUUCUCGCCGAGCAAGCUGAACUGUGGGGCAGCAGCAGCAGAGGCAGCAGCAGCUGCUGCUGAAGUGGCAGCAGCAGCAGCAGAAGCAGCAGGACCAUGGAAGGUUUCACUGCCUGCUGCUGCAGCAGCAGCAGCAGCGGCGGGACCUCGUGCGGCACUGAAGACUGCAGCUGAGAAGCCUCUCGCCAGAGCAGCAGCAACAGCAGCAGCAGCAAAGCCACCAGCACCAGCAGCAGCAGACGCAGCAGCAGCAGCAGCAGAAGCUUCCGGUUGUGCUGCUGAAGCUGCAGCAGCGAAGCCACGGCCGCGAAAGAGGCGGAGGCAGCACUGUCCUGUGGGUGAAGCAGCAGCGCAGCAGCAGCAGCAGCAGCAGCAGCAGCAAGAUAUGCCACAGGAAAGACCGCCACUAAGGGCAAGACAGCAGCAGCGGCAGCAACAGCAGCAGCAGCAGCAGCAAGAGACACAGCCAACGGACUAUGGCACUCGAAGGCUGCUGGGUUCUCGUUCUGCUGCUGCAGCAGCAGAGGCACCAGCGCCGCUAGCAGCAGCAGCAGCAGCAGAGUCUGCUGCUGCUGCUGCUGAGAGGGCCGGCUGGCGCAGCAGAAGGAAAGCAGCAGCACAGCCCCGUCAAGCAGCAGCACGACUGUUCGCAGAUGGGCCCCACAGGCACUCUUCGAGGCGAUCUGCUGCUGCUGCUGCUGCUGCUGCUGCUGCUGCUGCUGGAGCUCGUCCAUCAGCCGCUGCAGCUGCUGCAGCUGCUGCAGCGGCUCCUGUCGCUGCUGCUGCUGCUGCAGGAGCUCCCGCCGCUGCUGCUGCUGCACAGCAGCUGCCAGGGGCUGCUGCUGCGCCGCUACCUUUGUGUCCUGCAGCAGAGCGGAGCAGCAGCAAGCAACGCAGCGGGGCGGAAGGCGAGCCUGCAGCAGCAGCAGCAGCAGCAGCAGCAAAGGCCCCUGGUGCUGCUGCUGCUGCUGCUGCUGCUGCCGGGAUGGGCAGCUUGUUCAGCAGCAGCUUCCUGGGGCUCUUCUCUUCCGGGGGGGGGUCUUUAAGCUCGGCGCUGCUGCGCCCCACACGGUCUUUGCUGGGCCUUCGCAUGCGCAGCAGCAGCAGCAGCAGCAGCAGCAGCAGCAGCGGGGACUGCUGCUGCAGCCCUGACGCUAGUGGCGACAGCAGCAGCCACGCACAGGCUGCCUCCCAGAAGCCGCAAGACAGCUUGCUGGAGCGCCAGCAGACCAGCUGCAAUGUGAGCAGCAGCAGGAGCUGCAGCAGCCGCAGCAGCAGCAGCAGCAGCAGCAGCAAAGUCCAAGAAGGGGACCCAAGCUGUCCUAGGGGAGCAGUGGGAGAGCCCAACGCGAAACAUGAAACACGUGCUGCUUCCUGCAGCAGCAGCAGCAGCAGCAGCAGCAGCAACAGCAGCAACAGCAGCAGCAGCAGCAGCAGCAGCGGCAGCAGCAGCAGCAGCAGCAGCAGCAGGCAGCUGUCGGUGCUGGAGAGGUCGGAUGUGCCCCGUUUGUACUGGCGCUCGCUGCGGCGGCUGGCGCGGACUGGCGGCUGCUGCAGCUUGACGAGUCCUUCGCUGCUGCUGCUGCUGCUGGAGGGGAGCCACGGCGCUGCUGCUGCUGCUGCCAGCAGCAGGGCCAGCAGCAGCAGCAGCAGCAGCAGCAGCAGCGCGAAGAGGAGGCCCCGCCUCGGGGAGGUCCAGAGGCUGCUGCUGCUGCAGCACGAGUGGCGCCGCGCCAAAAUCGUGGCGGACUACCGGCGCAUGCAAGCAGCAGCAGGUUUGGGGUGUACGUACACCGCAAGAGGGAUGCGGAGGGACGCAGCGCCUGCUGCUGCGGCAGCUGCUGCAGCUGCUGCAGAGCCUGCUGCGCGGCCUCCUGCUGCAGCUGCUGCUGCAGCGCCUGCUGCAGCAGCAGCUGCUGCAGCGCCUGCUGCUGCAGCAGCCUACACAGUGAACAAGGCUGCAGCUAAAGCCCGCCGGAGCUGA